UAAACCCUAAUUUACCGCCACGCCUUUCCUUCCCAUUACUAGCUACUGUAUCCCGACUCUCCCCAAGCCGCUGACCUCUUCUGCCUGACGCCAUCUCAACGGCUGCCGCCGCACGUUGCAGUCUCAGCCUCCCGGCGAUCUCACCGCCGCUCCCUCCCUUUCACAGUCUUUCGCCUCACCGAGUGAUAACAGAGCAACGGACUGUAACAACACAAAUUGCUUAUGAAAAUUCUAUUCUUACGCAAGUCCUGCUGCACAAAAUACAGUCCCCAACCUGUACCGUUUGGAAUUUCAUCGAGCUCGAUCUUCUGUCUGUAGAAGCUUGUUGGCAGUAAUUCAAACUCAUUUUCGCACAUCGUUCUACUUCUGUUCCUAUUGUUUGGAGUAUUUUUGGAUCACAGCUGAUUCUACAAGAGAGAGUAAAAAAUGGCCUUUAGAGGAAAGGAAAUGAUGAAGAAGAUAUUGAAGAAGGUUGGAGAAAACAAUCUUGCGCCUGGAGUGAAGGAUUCAUUGAAGAAAUGUAUUCCAGACUCCAAAGUGGUGAUGAAUAGGGCGAAGCGCGGCAUUUUUGCUGGCCGUCACAUCCAAUUCGGUAACCGUGUCAGUGAAGACGGUGGCAAUAAGUCAAGAAGGAGCUGGAAACCAAAUGUCCAAGAGAAGCGACUUUUCAGUUAUAUUCUAGACCGCCAUAUUCGAGUUAAAGUCACCACUCAUGCCCUUCGAUGCAUCGACAAGGCCGGUGGAAUUGAUGAGUAUCUGCUGAAAACUCCAUACCACAAAAUGGACACUGAAAUUGGGCUGUUUUGGAAGGCAAAAAUCGAGAAGCUGUACGAAGAACUCGGGCAGAUGGAGGUCGUUUUCUUCUCACCAGAGGACGAAGCUAAAUUUGAACAGGGCUUUAGAGACCUGAAAUUAUCCGAGAGGGCAGCACGAAAGGAGACGAGAAGACGGAUGUAUGGUAGUUCGACCCAACGUGAUCAGAUCGAAGAGGGACAAGCAGACCGCGUUGGAUCUAGUGAGGAAGUUGCAGGUUCCGAAGGAGGCUCCCAUGGUGAUGAUAUGGUCCACAGCAAUGGGUUGCCAACGCCUAAUUAAUUAUAGGACUUUUUUUCCAACCAAGGAGUUCAAGCCUCGACUCGUUCCCUACCUUUUCCAAGAUUUGUUUCCUCUCAUUUUCACUUGGUUUAAUGUUUAAUGUAUUCAGAUAGAAAUGAGAAUUGUUUUUUGGAAAUUGAGAUGUGAAAUCUUAGAACCAUUUAUUGUUCAAUAAGAUUGGCUUAAUGUA